GAAACUCAAUUUGCCAGAACUCAACUAAUACCGAAUUCCCGAUCAUCAUCCCCAGUCUGUAAAAUCUUCGUCGAAAUCUUUGAGGGUAGCUGAGGCAGCGGCGAUGAAAAGAAAAAGGAGUCGUUCAGAAACAGGAUCUACUGGCCACGGCACACCUGGAGCUCAGUUCGAGGUGUUCUUGAGUUUUCGCGGACCUGACACUCGCACUAAUUUCACUGAUUCCCUCUAUCAUGCCCUGCUAGACAAAGGUAUCCAUGUCUUUAUGGACAAGAAGGGGAUCGACGUUGGUGAAGAGAUCAGCCCUGAGAUAUUCCAGGCCAUUAAUGACUCAAAAAUCUGUAUUCCCAUCUUCUCCAAAGAAUAUGCCUCCAGUAGCUGGUGCCUGCGUGAGCUGGAACACAUGAUGGAGUGUAGGAAAACUGAGGAACUGGAGGUUUUGCCCAUAUUCUAUGAUGUGGAACCCUCCGAUGUGAAGCUUGAAACUGGAGUAUAUAGAGAUGCAUUGACUCAGCAUAAAGGAAAACGUGGGGCUGAGAUUGUGCUACGCUGGGAGGAGGCGCUCAAGGAAGUUGCUGGAAUCAAAGGAUGGGACACCAAGAACAAAGGCCAUGGAAAACUCACACGGCUAGUUGCUCAUCAAGUUUUACUUAAGCUUAAGGCAUCUCCCAUACAUCUAUCCGAUCCUUUGGUCGGGAUGCACCAAUCAGUGGAUGAAGUAAUAAAUUUGCUAAGGGUAGAAUCUAAGGACAUAAGGCUCGUUGGAAUAUGUGGAAUAGGUGGUAUAGGCAAGACAACUCUUGCCAAGGUCAUUUACCACAAACUGUCGGCUGAAUUUGAAAGUUGUAGCUUUAUCCUAGAUAUCAGACAAGCAUCGGAAAGUUCAGUUCUGGUCUUCUAAAUUUGCAAAGGCAACUGGUGCAUGAUAUCCUUGGGGACAAAAGAAUUGAGAUAUCCAACAUAGAUCGAGGAAAAAAUAUGAUCAAAGCACGAUUUUGUAGAAAAAGAGUUCUUAUUUUCCUCGAUGAUGUAAAUGAGAAGAGCCAACUAAUGGCACUAGCAGAAAAGAGAGAAUGGUUUGGUUUAGGAAGUAGAAUUGUGGUUACAACGAAAGACAAAAGUGUAUUGUCUGUAUUUGAGGAUAGUUUGACUUAUGAAGUUUCAGAGCUGAGUAGUCUAGACUCUUUACAACUUUUUAGCAAGCAUGCAUUUCGAAGGAACUCUCCUCCAAGUGAAUUUCUCUAUCUGUCUGAGAAUGUUAUUGCAAAAGCUGGGGGUCUUCCUUUAACUAUUGAAUUGAUCGGUUCAUUUUUAUGUGGAAAAGAGAGAGCAGUGUGGGAAGAUACAAUAAAAAAGAUGGAAAAACAUCUUCAUAAGGAUGUAGAGAAGAAGCUAAUGCUAAGUUAUGAGGCUUUAGAUGAGACACAAAAGCAAAUAUUUCUUGAUAUUGCUUGCUUUCUAGCCGGAGAAAAUAAGAGAGAUGCCACCUAUAUGUGGGAUGACUGUGAGUUGUUUCCAAAUGAGGGGAUUGAAGUCCUACUUUUGAUGUCCUUAGUAAAAAUUGGAGCAAAGAAUGAGUUAUGGAUGCAUGACCAGCUCAAAGACUUAGGUAUGUGUAUUGUACGUUCCCAAAAUCGCAACGAUCCAGGAAAGCGUUCGCAUGUGUGGAAUCAUAAGGAAGCAUUGGAUAUGAUCACCAGAAAUAAGGGAACUGAGACCAUUGAAGCAAUUUGUGUGGACCUUGAUGGAGCUUUUUUGACACCAGAAGAAUUUAAGACAGUGCAAAAUAUAAGAUUUCUUGGAAUGAUAAGCGGAAACCUCUCCGGGGACUUUGAGGGUCUCUUUCUAGAAGUAAGAUGGCUUUCAUGGAAGAAUUGUCCCUUAAAUUUGCAAGCAACCAACUUUCACCUGAAAAAUCUACUCAUUAUUGACCUAUCGGCGACUGAAAUAACAGAAAGCUGGAACGGUUGGACUCAACUUAAGGUGGCUACAAGAUUGAAGGUCCUUAAUCUAUCAAAUUGCCGCAGGUUAAGGAUAACUCCUGACCUCUCUACAUAUCUGUCUUUAGAAAUAUUAAUUCUAGAGGACUGCAGGAAUUUGAUACGGAUUCAUCGAUCCAUUGGUCAUCUGAAACAUUUAAAGCACUUGAAUCUGAGAAGAUGUUACCGUCUCCAAAUGCUGCCCGUUGAAUUAGGUUCUCUAGAAGCCUUGACUGAGCUACUCAUGGAUCAGAAUAUUUCGCUGAUUGGUUAUGAUACCAUUAGUAAAAUCCCAAGCUCAAUCGGAGCACUCGUAAAUCUUGAGUGUUUGGCCAUUCGUGGAGCUCCCAACCUAACGACACUUCCCGACUCAAUUGGAAUGCUGAAAUCUUUAGCUGAGUUGGAUGUCUCAAGAACGGGUAUCGUAGAGUUGCCUAAUAGCAUUGUCAAUCUAAAGAGCAUGAAAGUACUCAAGAUGAAUGGAAGUCGGAUACAGAAGUUACCCAAGGCAAUUGGGAUGUUAGAAAAACUUGAGGAGAUUUAUGGAGAAUGUUGCACGUGGCUAGAGAUGAUAUCUGGUGAUAUUGUGAGACUACCUUUCUUGAAGAUUUUGAAAUUAACGCAAACUCGUGUGCAGAAUGUACCAAAACUUCCUCAGAGUUUGGUAAGUUUAUGUCUGUCCUCGACAGCCACAAAAGAAGCUCCAGAAAUCUCCAACCUUGUGAGUUUAAGAAAUCUGGAAUUAUGUUUUACAAGCUCAACCUCCAUCAAAUAUUUUCCAAAAGUGCAAACUUACAGCCCCUGUUGUAUGUUGGAGCUUCCACGUAUCACCAGCAUAAGGUCAUAUUUGGGUUGUCUUUGCUAUCUGAAAGAACUUGUACUCCACAACUGCAAGAACUUGCGUCAGAUCGGACAGCUUCCCUCUAGUUUGAGAAAACUUACGGUUCAAAAUUGCAUUCUUCUUGAAGUUGUUGACCUUUCCAACUUGGAGAAUUUAUUGGAACUAAGUCUCCAGGAUCGAGUCUCUGAUAUUCAAGGCCUUGGACAUUUAACAUUGUUGCAAUGCUUGAGAGUGUUCUACUGUAAGUCAACCAAGUUCAGUGGGCUUGAAAGACUGGAGAAUCUACAACUCCUGUGGAUUAGUCAUUGUCCCUUUCUUCAAAGACUGCCCGACUUAUCUAACUUUAAAAUUCUCAAGGACUUUCUAUUAUGGUCCUGUCCGAAACUGGUUGACAUUCAAGACCUUGACAGUUUGGAAUCACUAGAAAGUCUUGAGAUUGGAAACUGCAGUUCCUUGCGAAGCUUACCCGAUCUAUCUAACUUGAAGAAGCUGAAGACGUAUUGGUGGUGAGGAAUAUACCAUUAAGCACUCGAUCUCUCCAAGUCUAGCUUACAUUUUUCAAUAAAGUAAUGAUACAUGGAAAUAAUCAUGGAUGUAGCAGUAUUUCCAUUGAUACAAGAACAACCUACUUCGGCCUUUUGCUGGUGUGGGCCAUGUACUAGUGGAAGUAAUUUGUUCGAACAUGAAUUUGUCAAUAUUCCUAAUAAUAUGGAGUUGUUAGGAGGUAUACGCAUGUACGUGUGUA